ACCAUAUCAUCCCUUGUAAAACAGAUACAAAUUCCUGAUAAAAAUGGGGAAGUUAACAAUUAGGCCAUCCGCAUCAUGCACGGUGCUGCUGCUGUUGGUUUGUGUCAUUAUGAUGGGCCGUGCCAGCGCCCAAAGUGCGAGUAACGUUAGAUCGACGUACCAUAUCUACAAUCCAGAGAAGAUAGGAUGGAGCUUGAACGCAGCUGGUGCUUAUUGCGCCACUUGGGAUGCUAAUAAGCCUUUGGAAUGGCGUCGGAAGUUUGGAUGGACUGCUUUUUGCGGCCCCGUCGGGCCUCGGGGCCAAGCAUCUUGUGGCAAGUGCUUAAGGGUGACAAACGUGAGGACAGGAGGUCAGGCAAAGGUGAGAAUUGUUGAUCAGUGCAGUAAUGGAGGCCUAGAUUUGGACGAGGGUGUGUUUAAACAACUCGACACUGAUGGGAAAGGCUACGCCCAAGGCCACCUUAUGGUGAACUACCAGUUUGUCAAUUGUGGCGAUUAAACCAUACACUUGCUACUCUCAUGCAUCUUAUGGUUAUAGUCAUAAGGGAUUAAUAAAUAAUGGAAACUGCUCCCUUUAAUAA